AUGAAUCAGCAUCAUAGUAUGAACCAAAGGAUUUACUAGCCUUAGAAUUUGUAAAAUCCCAUGUCUAACUUCCAUUAUAGUUAGCCGUAUUAGGUGAAUAAUUUUUAAAAUUAAGGCAGUUUUAGUUAAUAGGAUCAUCAGCAAUAAAAAUAUCCAAACUUAAAUAGGAGUUAUAAUUAAAACCAAAAAAACAAUUUGAUGGUAUCUUCUUCAUCAUAACAGGAGGAAUUUAAGAAUAUGUAUCCUAGUAUCUAUGAGUAGCAUCAAUCAACAAUUACUUACAAAUCAAAUAAUUAGCAUAUUAAAAAAAAUAUAGAUGAGUAAUUAAAAAUUAAAGAAUAGUUUAGUCUUGUUGACUCACGUGCAUAUAAAUCUCAACUAAUGUCAAGCAAAGUUAGCAAAUAAAAUGAAGAGGCUACACACAACUCGAAAUAAGAUGAUGAUGAUGACGACGAUAGCAACAUAAUUCUUACAAAAGAAUAAAAAAAAUAGUCUCAAGAAUAAUAAGAAUAUACUUAUUCUACUAAAUCUAUUGAUGAAUUAAAGGUUGAAUAAUUCAAAACAUAGAAAUCUUUUUUCAAGCGACUAGCAAGUUUGAGGCAUUUGAGACCUAAACACUUAGCUGACUAUGGUAUUGGGUAUAGCAUGUACUUUCUUGUGCUAAUAGACUGUCUUUUAAUUUUAUUGCUUAUAUUUUUGAUUAGCGGUUUAUUCAGUAUUUAUACAAAUAAGCAAGGAGAUUAUUGUAAGAAUAUUGAAGAGAUAAAAAAAUAAGUCAUGAAUGGCAAGAAGUCUUACGAAGUAUGCAUUAUUAGCACAGAAACAGAGUACUCAUAAGCAAACAUAGUAGGUCAAUCGAGCUAGAUUAUUUAGCAAGACAUUUUAGUUAUGAUUACAACUAUUGUUCUUGCUUUGUAUAUGGCUUACAAGCAUAGAAGACUUAAAGUUCUUAAUAAUAAAAUAGAUUAUUAGUUUAUUUCUCCAAGUGAUUUUGCAAUAUGGAUUUAAUACUCAGAAAAUUCUGAUAUUAUUGAAAUUUAAAAAAAUAUGAAACAUUGUGGAGUGAAUGAAGAAUAUAAAGGUCAUAAAUUUCUUCUUUUUGAUAAUAUAAUAAGUAUAAAGCAUAUAGAAGAAUAACAGUAUGAAGAUGCAACUGUUUCAAAAGCUCCUGAACCUGAUGAUAUCAACUGGUAAAACCUUGAGAUAUCAAAAACUAAAUAAAUUUUUUACAAGGUGAUCUCAUUCUUUUUAACAAUUUUUUUCAUUGGCUUAUGUUUAAUAGUUAACAUGAUUCUAAUUACCUUCCAAAAAAACUUCACAGAAAGUGUGUAGGUUUACGAUAAUAAAGGAAAUUUAGUAAUUAUUUAAGUUAACACAAAAGAUGCAUAAUAGAUAGCUUAUGUGAUUUUCUUUUUUAUUUUCAUAUCAAACGGGAUAUUUAGUACUAUAUUAUCUAAAUUAUCUGCAUUCGAAAGCUAUUAUGAUAAGACAGGAGAAUAGUGCUCUUUCUCAAUCAAGCUGGCUCUAAGUAGAUUCGUUAAUAUAGCAUUAAUACCAUUUUUUGUUUUAGUUGGCUUUGAUGCACUUUUUUUACCUUAGAGAAUGCAGAGUGACAUCUAUAAAACUAACGGACUUAUCAUAAAUUAAUAUAAUAAUUUCAUUUUUACUACAGUUUUGUAUAUCAUUAUCAUGAUUCUAGAUCCAGGAAGAAACAUUAAAAUUUUAAUUGCUUUCCUCAAAAAAGAUAUAAAAAACAAUGAAUGGUAAGAGCCUGAAAAUAAUUUAUCUUAGAUGUUUAGUGAGAUGGCUAAAACUAUGCUUUUUACUGCAUUUUAUGCUCCUCUUAUACCAAUGUGUUUGGUUAUAUCAUUUAUUGGUUUACUCUUGCUUUACCCAAUUCACCUUUACAAAAUUAUUUACCACAGAAGAAAAACCUUAAAAGUUAGCUCUUUGAUGCCUUUUACAAUAUUAUAAGUAAUUAAAUGCAUAGUUCCAAUAUACGCUAUAUCAAAUACAAUGUUUCAAUAUAUCCUUAAUCCAGGGCUCUAUCAUAUUACAAUAUACUCUGUGAUUAGCAUAAGUGUUGGCAUUGGCCUUAUUCUUACACCUCUUGGAACUUUAGAAAAAUGUGUAAAUGUUGAAGACAAAAUUAAUCAGCUAGAUGACUAACUCUACUCGCAUACUGCCAAAUCAAAAUACAAAGAAGCGUUUGCUAAAUAUAGAUAUUACUAUGCAGAAAAGUAUUAGAUUAAAAAUCCCUUAUUUCUACCUAAUUAACAUGACAAGUUUUACAAUGAAUAAAAAGUUAAAUUAUAUAUGGAAGGAAGACCUCAUGAUGGAUUUGCUUGCUGUUGA